AUGAGUUCCUUUCAGUACUAUUCAUAUCCAACUCAGACAAGUGUCAAAAUUCGCUUUGAACAAUCGAGCUAUUUUCCGGCAAUCACUUUCUGCAGCGGAAAUCCUUUUCGAUACGAUCGUUUAGGACCAGCAUUAUUAAGCUGGUCAAAUGAAUCUACUCUUUCCAUGGCUGAUGCGUACCUCUUAAUGGUCAAUUUUAUCGUCGAUUUAUUUAAUCAAAAUCGAUCGGAUUUAAUUCAAUAUUACGGUUUUCAGCUGGACGAUAUUUUACUAGAUUGCACGUACAACGGCCUUGAUUGUUACACGAACAGAAGUCAACUGUUCGUUCGGUCUAUAUCAACGAUAACUGGAAAUUGCUACACGUUUAAUGCAAAAGUAGGAAACAUUUCAUCUUUAUACAAGACAAAUGAUUUUGGCAAUGGCUGGACGGUUGAAAAUGGGCUUGUUUUAACAUUUUAUUUGAACCAACAAUGGUAUACACCCACAUACUAUGCUAAUAGUUUAACAGCAAUACUCCAUGAUAAUGACGAAUUUCCACUCGUUCGAUACGUAGGGCAAUAUUAUCAACCGGGGCUUGAUCACCAGAUACUCUAUACCAAGCACGUAACAACAUAUCUGGGUUCACCAUACACCCAGUGCACAACACAGAUGGGCGAAGAUAUGCAAGCGCUCUAUUCGACCGCAUUUGGCACUUCUCAAUUCAAAUAUUCUCAAACUGUUUGCUAUGAGCUGUGUGCUCAAUCGUACAUCUAUCACCAAUGUCGAUGCACCAUACCUAUCUACUUUUUCGUCGAUAAACUAGUUGUAAACAAUCAGUUAGUAUCUGUAAAUGCAUGUUCCGUGCAUACUGAUGAAGGAAUGUGUGCUGCAGAAGCCCGUCAAAAUUUUCUCAAUGAUUUGCAACUGCAAUCGAAACAAUGUGUGCAUUGUCAACCAGAAUGUGAGAUAAUGACAUUUGAAACAGACACAUCAUCACUCAGAGCACCAACGGAACUACAGAAAUUAUUGUUAGUUAUGGACUUUCUAAAUACGGAAAACAAGUCAGCAACGCCGUUACCAGCCGAUUUUGAAGCGAAUUAUACUUUGUAUCUCGACAAGAAUUAUUUAAAAUUGAAAAUACUGCCCGUUAGUCAGUAUGUAACGUCGUAUACGGAGAUGGCAACGUAUUCAUGGGUAGCAUUUAUGUCUGAUAUUGGCGGACAAAGUGGAUUUUGGAUGGGUUUGAGUGUAUCAAGUAUCAUCGAACUCAUUGGGUUGAUUUAUCGUAAAAAAUUGUUGAAAUGCUUUGGCAAAGACAAAGUUCAAGCGUUUUCAGAAGAUACCGUUGAUUCAAAACAUUAG